GCGGUGAGCGGGCCCUGCGGGAGCGGGGAGCGGUGAGCGAGCCCUGCGGGAGCCGUGAGCGGACCCUGCGGCCGCUGCGGGGCUGCUCCCGCGGCGGGGGCCGGUAGCGAGUCCGGCGCGGGUGGCCUGUGCGGAGCUGGGCUGUGCUGCGGGAAGCCUUGUGCGGGGGCUUUGGCGUUUGUCAGGGGUCGUUGGGCGUCGGCAGGCCUGGCGCUUGUAUCUUCAGCAGCCCCUGCGCUGGACUCUUGGUGGCUGCGCCGUCCGGGCGAGAAGGCUGAAGGUGUGUGGAGAGCAUGGGUUAUGACAUAGACCGGUUUGUUGGCUACGUUAACGAAGGGCUGUUGUGCUCCAUCUGCCGCGAUGUCUUAGAAGAUCCCUUGCAGGCUCCUUGUGAACAUGCUUUCUGUACUGCUUGCAUACAUGGGUGGCUUGUUCACCACAGCAACUGCCCUGAAGACAGACAGAUGAUUGAUGUAUCUCUGCUGCGACCUCUCUACAGGUAUAUGAAAAACGACCUGAACCGUCUGCAGCUGCAUUGCAAAAACAGAGAGUACGGCUGUGAAAUGGUUUGUUCUCUGGAGUCUAUAGACAGGCAUGAAAGGGAGUGUGAGUACAGUCAGAUACCUUGCUCCAAUGCUGGCUGCACAGUCCACAUCGAGCGGCGUAACCUGGACAGACACCUGGCAGUAUGCGAGUACCGGAGCCGCGAGUGCCCCAACGGCUGCGGUUACACCAUCCUCAGCGCAGAGGACACGCAGCACAACUGUGUGGCAGAGCUGAGGACUGAGCUGGAGCUGCUUCGGUCAGAAAUGAUCUGCAGAGUGGAAGAGGCAAAGCAUGAGAUGGAGUCAAGGUUAGAUUCACAGAGAAGACACAUGGUCCAAAAAGAGAGUAUUUUGCAAAAUGAAAUUGAGGAGCUAAAGAGCCAGAUGUCACGAAUGAUGUCGGACGUGCGCUCUCUGAUGGCUGCAGAGAGACAGCACCGCCAGGAGCUGGAGCAGGCCGAGCUGGAGAAACGGGAGCUGAUGGAGCUGCUGAGGGGGUUGCAGAAGGACUGUCGAGGAACUACCACAGAAGGAAGCAGGAAGCUAACCAAUUUCCGCCCUCUGACGCGGCUGGAGAGCGUGAAACGAAAGCCUAGGGAAGUCACAGUUAUCUAAAGAGAAGUAAGCUCAAGGAGCAGUCUGUUCCCAUUUCUCUCACCACCUGGCAAACUUUUCUACUUGGUAAACUUUGCAUCAUUUCUGAUUUCCUUCCUUUUGGUUGGGUUUGGUUUUUUUUAAAUCUAGAUUUCCACUUUGUCUCCUUUCAUGGCAUGAAAAGAAACAGGAGAAUUUUCUCCUGGGGAACACAGGGCAUUAGAACCAGUGACUGGUAAAUAACACUUUGAGCUAUUUUUGUCAUGAUAAGGGGGAAGGAGACUUUGAUUUGUUAUCUCUGCAGGGAAUUAUUUACAGGAGUCUUUCAAACCAGAGCCUUUUAAAGAGAAAGAUACUUAAAGGGUGUUUCUCUCCUGGUCUUUUAUAGUUCGUUUAAGUCUGGUUCAUGCUUAUAAGUGAAGUGGAAAGAAAAUGUGAGCAUCAGUAAUAAUAAUUAAGUAGUAAUUUUAGGAAGCAAGUGAUAGAAUUAGUAAGUCAGUAAUAGAAAUGAAAUAGGUUGUGUUUGUUUAGAGUCUGUUUCAAAGGUGGAAAGAAAGCACUUUAAAUUGUAUUGCUACUGCUCUACAACAGCUUCAGGUGAGACUGACUUUUACUUCAGAGCUUCUCUAAUUUCCUAGGCUAAUACACACUUUAAAGGCUAAUAGCAAAGCCCAAGGCCACGUCACCUAAAAAAAAACCUUUUGAAACAGAUGUGUGAGCAACUUGGAGCUUGUAGGGGGGGUUCCACAUUUAUUUAAAGCUUUUAUCUGUGAAAGAACAGCUGUUUCUGGAGGCUCCUUUAAGCCUAAGAGCAACCCACUUGGCACUCAGCAGCUUUAAAGCAUAACUCAAUUCCUAGAGUGUCCUUCAUUUUCUUUUGGCAGGUCGAGGGCUACUUGAACACUGAUGCCCACAACUAGACAGAUGUUUGUGCAGUCACUUGGACUUCAUAAAAUGAUAGAAUGGAUUGGGUUGGAAGGGAUCUCCAAAGGUUGGCUAGUCCAAGGCCCCUGCAGUGGGCAGGGACAUCAGACAUCUUUAUUAGUGCUCAAGUGUGCAGUUGUGUCAGAGCUGGGAUUUUUUUAACAGAUUCACAAGUAGCCCUUCAGGACUGCAUGAGAAAUCUCUGCAGCUCAAAACCUUAUUACUAAACCUCUCCCACAGCCUCUUCAUGUUGGUCUCAGUGGUAUCACUAAGCCAUAUUCUGUCUGUUGCAGCUCUUCAGUGGAGUAACCAGGCAAGAACCUUGGCCUCCUGUUUACUGAACGUGCUAAAUCAGUUUUGAACUUUCAGGUGCAACAAUCUGAAUAAGCUAAUUUUGUAGUUUAGAAAGCAAAUACAUUCCUGUGCUUGCCUUGGCACCCAGAGCAAUGCUUCCUGGCUAACAGCAUAACCAAAGACAGGCAGCAGCCUUCUGCAGCAGGUGCACUACGCAAUGGAGAUCUGCAGCCAGAGCUGCCUUAAUUGCUGGCAUUAAUAAAUCCUCCUAACUCUCUGACUUCUGCAGUACUGAUUUCACAGUACUGAAGCAGAUGUGCACAUGUUCAGGUCUUGUUUGUUGAAAAAAUGAUAGAAAUAACCCUUCUGUAAAAGUUUUGGGGUUCUGAAAGAAAACAAUCUUAGAGAAAGCUGUGUCCAAACAUUUCCUUGCUUUCAGUCCUUGUAUUUGAGAGUAAGUCACAACCAUCGAUGGUGUUCAGGUCACUGCAGCAGUCUCACCAGCUCAAAACAUAGCACAGCUCUGGAGCAGCCAUAUUUAACAAUCUCUACCUGUGAAACACAGCUCUUAACAGCAGCUGGCAGAAGCAAGGGGGUUUUUGUUCCUCCUUUCAAGUAGACUGGCAAUCCUUUUUAUAAAGGCUAAGGAUCCAGAUGUUGUAGUGGGCCUGGUGCAAAUGAAGACAUUCACUUGCAAAUGCUGCUUCCCUAGAAGCAGGGGCUCCUUACAGCUUAGGCUUAUGUGAGAGACACUGCUGGAAGUGCAUGGUGGAGGGCCCCAGCACUGAAUUCCUGCUGUUAGCAUCCUCUUAACUAAAGCACACUGGAAUCAAUUCCAUUUCCUCCCAAGUGGAGCUGUAAUUUGGUUCACACUAACCACUCACAUCCAUCAGCGUGCACAUUAAAGCUGGAGGUAGAAGGUAGCAAUGCUUUGUGUUCUCAGUAGGCUGCUGGUGUCUGUGGGACUCCAUUGCAGCAUUCACUCUCCUUUUGAAGCUUCUUGGCAACACCAGAUUUCAUGUUCUUGGAAUCAGUCGGUGCUUCUCUGUGUGCUCUAACUGUAUGCUUCUGUGAUGUGAUUUUUAUCUACGUUGCUUAAUGCAUCAGGAAGAAAAUGACUUCAAAAUUCUGGAGAUGCCAGCUGGGCUGGAUCACCUUCCCCAGGCUGCAGGGCAGUGAUGGUCACCCAACCUUUUAAAAGCAAGUUACUAGCUCUCUGCUUUCUCUGCAUUUGUUUUAGGAAUUCCAACCACUUAUAACUAAAUUCCCUCCAGUAGAGGAAGGUAGUGGUUAAUAUUUACUUAGCACUUGGUCUGCUGUCUGUCCUCUAAGUGACAAACAUGAAACUGGGUGAGAAGAGACGUUCUGAGUGGUAAGGAGGGACUUUCUGCUGUGCAAUCUGUGCAGCUUCUGGUCACCAGCUCUGGAGAGUUUGAACUUUCCAGUGUGGAAAUUCAUAGAUUCAUAGAAUGCUUUGGGUUGGAAGGGACCUUCAGGAUCAUCCAGUUCCAACCCCCCUGCUAUGGCAGCGACACCUUCCACUAGCCCAGGCUGCUCAAGGCCUCAUCCAGCCUGGCCUUGAACACCUCCAUCCAUGACCUCCCUGGGCAACCUGUUCCAGUCUCACCACCCUCACUCUAAACAAUUUCUUCCUAAUCUGCACUCUAAACCUGUCCCACUCAAGCUUCAAUCCAUUCCCUCUUGUCCUAUCACUGCAUGCCCUUCUGAAAAGUCCCUUCCUGGCUUCCUUGUAGCCCUGACCUUCAGGUACUGGAAGGCUGCUCUAAGGUCUCCCCGGAGCCUUCAGGCUGAACAGCCCAAACUCUCCCAGCCUGUCCCUACAGUGGAGGUUCUCCAGCCUCUGAUCAUCUUUGUGGCCCCCUCUGAACCUGCUCCAGCAGCUCCCUCUUGUGCUGGAAGCACUAGAACUAGAGGUAGUGCUGCAGGUGUGGUCUCGGCAGAGGGAAACAAUUCCCUCCCUGUGCUUCUGGUCUCCCUCCUCUGGAUGCAGCCAGCACACAGCUGCCUGCUGGGCUGCCAUUGACCAGUGCUGCCUCAUGGGGAGUUUGUCACCAACUGACACCCCAAGUCUUUUUCCUCCACACUGCUCUUGAGCCAUUCCUUGCCUAGCCUGGGUUUGUGGCAACGCUUUGGUACACCUGCUGCUGAAUGACCUUGUCAGCUCAGGCUUCCUUUAGCAGCCAAGCACUUGCAGAGGUGUUUUAAAUGGACACACAGAGCAACUAACAGCAUCAGAGCCCUCCAGGUACGUUAGGAUGAAUCCCAUUCCUCUGUGCUGAUGACUGUUCUGCACUGAAGGUUUUCCUCUGGGAAUGAACCACUCACAAGGUGGUGUGUGCUGAAGUAUGGUUCUCAUGUUACCUGGCUUACAAUUAACUAGGCUGAAACUGAAUAGCUCCUUAUCUUCUUAUUUUAUCUACUCCUAGAUUUUCCAGGCUCGUGGAUUACUCAGCUCUUAACAGCAGCUGGCAGAAGCAAGUUUUUUUUUACCUCCUUUCAAGUAGUCUGUCAAUCCUGCUUAGGAAAACUGAGGAUCCAGAUGUUGUAGUAGACUUGGUGUAAGUGAAGGCAUUCACUUGCAAGCACAGGGUCUUCUUAGGGCUUAGGCUUGUGUGAGAGCCACUGCUGGAUGUGCAUGAUAGAGGGCUCCAGCACUGAAUUCCUGCUGCUAGCAUUCUCUUAUCUAAACCACACUGGAAUCAGUUCCAUUUCCUCCCAAGUGAAGCUGUGCUGACAACAAGCUGAACUGUAACUCAAGUGGUCCAGUAACCAUGCACACAGUUGUGGUACUCUUAGUUGCUUCUGUUACCACUUUGGAGACAGAAGAAGGCAGCAGUCUGGGGAGCAAUGUGAAGCUGAGAGAGGAAGGUGCAAGUGCAGUCUGCCUUCCCUCAGCCCAAGAGCAGCAAGGCAGAUGCACCAGCCUGUGCCAGCAGCUAACUGACCCACUCUGAACUGCUAGCUGGUGGCACUGGAGUUAAUGGAGCAUUAGCAUUAGAAGGAGAUUAAAUCCUUGUGCACAAGAUGUAAUCAUCAUAGGCUUGGAAGAGUCACAAAAAACCUUGAAGAGAGCAAGCUGCUAAGACUACAGGGUAUUAGGAGGUGCUGAGAAAAUCCUUAUCCUAGGUGAAAUUGGGCGGGAAAGAAUAAGGAUUCUUUAAUAAGAAUGCUAAGUUUUCAUUAAUAAGAUGCUAAGUUUGUCUCUGAAGGCAAAUCAAUUUCUUCAUGCUGCAGGACCAAGAGGCCAGUUACAAACACAGGUAAGCUGUUUCCCUUGCAGACUUCUUCACUUGAGAGGUCAAGUUGAAGAUAAACCAUUUGUUUCCUCUGUUUUCCUUCAGCAUUAAAGCUGCAUUCCCUGCUCUCCUGCACUCCCCCUAGAGUAACAAAUGGUCAGUCUUGCUGCUCAGGUUCCUUCACUUGGAGCAGGAACAAUCAUUUUGGAAAGAGCUUCCAGCAGGCUUAGAUCCGAGUUUCAACACAAGGUGUGGAACUGAGAACUAUGCAUCUGAGUCAGGCGCAGGAGGGGCAAGGAAGAAUGUUGGUGGACAACCUAAUGAGGGGGACAGGCUGUAGUUAGGAUAAAUCUACUACUGGAACAGCAGUCUCACAGGAGAGAAAUGAAUUGAGCAGCAGACAUACAAGAGCUACUCACCAGCACAGAAAGGAGUUGAAAGACAGGCAAGCAGAACACCCAGCAGAGUGAAGCACUUGGCCAAAAGCAGUUUGGUCUCUCUUGUUCUUAGGUGUUUUAAUGAAUUUCAGUCACAGAAUGGCUCAGGUUGGAAGGGACCUCAGAGAUCAUCUACCCCAACCCUCCUGCCACAGGCAGGGACACCUCUCAAUUAGACCUGGUUGCCUAUCCCAGGUGGCAAAGCUUUCUUUUAUAAAGGGGUAGCCUUGCAAAUUUCCCUUUCCACCAGCUGCCCUCUGGGAUGUUUCUGGCAUGGUGCUUUUCAGCAGCCCUUUUCCUCAGCAGUGCUAGGGAGGGAGCAGUACUGGCCUUGCCUUUCUCCUGUCCUGCUUGCCAGCUGAAACAGGGUAGGUCAGAGAGAUCACACCACAUAGAUAGAUGCCUUUUAUAAGGACCUACAAUUCUAUGCAACUUUCUAUUAACAAAUAAACAUUGAACUUGUCUUCCAGCAUUGUGGUUCACUGCCAAUUUUCUACCUUUAUAUACAGUAGAAGGACAAAAAACACUGCUUAACAGAUCUUAACCUGUAGUCUGGAAAAGAAACAGUAACAGUUUGUACCACGUUGAAGUACACUUUGUAUAAAAGUUCAACUAAUAAAGGGUCUACACCAUAAUUAA